CUUGAUGAUAUUGAUGAUGUUAAUGCCGAAUUAUUACAAAAAUUAAAAACUAUUGAUAUACGUAGUGAUAGUUUAAUACCACGGAAUAAUUCAUUAAAAUGUUGGAAAUGGAAAUGGAAAGAUGCACUAUCACAUGUUGGAUUAUUAGUAUCAUUAUCAAUUUAUUGUGGUGUUGGUGGUUAUAUAUUUAGAGAAUUAGAAAGACCAGCUGAAAUUCAAAGGCUACAACGUUUAAAAGAAGAAGUUAAAACACAUCGACAAGCCUUUGUAUGGGCAAUCUUAAAUAAUACUGAUAUGAGUAAUUUAGAUUAUUUAGUUUCUUUUGAAUUAGGAAAAUAUGAAAAGGCUGUUCAAGAAGCUGCUGAAGGUGGUAUUUUAAUAGCUGCUGAUAAAGAUUUUCCACAUAAAUUCGAAAAGUGGAGCAUUAUGCAGGCUGUGUUCUUCUCUUCCACUGUUUUAACUACAAUAGGUUAUGGUAAUAUCGUACCUGUAACAACAUACGGUCGAGUUUUUUGUAUGUGUUUUGCAUUAAUUGGAAUACCAUUAACAUUAACUGUUAUUGCUGAUUUUGGACGAUUAUUUGCUACUGCCGUUUCAACAAUUAUAAAACGUUUUCCAAAGUCUGCAACUUUAACAAAUAUUGCUGGUAAAACAUGGUUUAUAGUUCUAUCAGCUGUAUGCUUCCUUGGAUUUUAUUUGGCAAUUGGUGCUGGUCUACUUCUUCUUUGGGAAGAUGAUUGGUCAUUUUUUGAUGGCUAUUAUUUUUGUUUUAUUACAAUGACAACAAUAGGAUUUGGUGAUCUUGUUCCCAAAAAACCAAAUUAUAUGCUUUUAUGCACAUUAUACAUAUUAAUAGGAUUGGCAUUAACAACCACUAUCAUAGAAUUAGUUAGAAGACAAUAUGCACAAAGUUGGCAGAAAUUACAGGCUCUUUCGGGACCAAUGGCAGAAACAUUAAGAAGAUUAGGUGAAACAGCUGGAACCGGAUUAGAUUACACAGCAUUACAAAAAGUUCUAACGGUUUCAAUGCCGAAAUGGAAUAUGUCAUCAUCAGAUAAAAAUUCAAAAAAUAAAGAACAUGAAAUUGCAGCUUUACAAGCCAUUACUAAUGCCAUUUUACAGGAGGUUAAAGAAGCUCAACAACAAAAACCACCAAAAGUCGUUCAAAUUGUAAUUUACGAGUCUUCAGUUUAGAAAUUUUUUUCAAUUUAUACAUAAAUAUUAAAAUUUAGUUCUAUUUUUUUUUAAAAUUAAGAAAAUUUGUUAAGUUUGUAAUAGUUUAUAAUA